AUGGACGACAAGAUCAUCGCCGCUUCGCAGAAGCACCCCAUUGUGCCCGGUCACGUCGGUACUUUUAAGUAUGGCACUGCGGGGUUUCGAAUGAAGGCCGACCUCUUGGACGGAGUUACCUUCCGUGUCGGUCUCUUGUCUGGCCUGCGCAGCCGCAAGCUCAGCGGCCAGGCGAUUGGUGUCAUGAUCACGGCCAGCCACAACCCUGCCCCAGACAAUGGAGUCAAGAUUGUUGACCCUAUGGGUGAUAUGCUCGAGCAGGAGUGGGAGGCAUACGCCACCAAGCUCGUCAACAGCUCCUCUGACCAGGAGCUCGUCGAGAACUACAAGGCACUGGCCUCCCAGCUGCGCAUCGACCUCUCAGCUCCGGCCCGCGUCGUUUACGGUCGGGACACCCGUCCCUCCGGCCACAAGCUCGUCGCUGCCCUUGCCGACUCCUUCGAGGCCACCAACGUCGAGUACACCGACUACAAGAUCCUCACCACUCCUCAGCUCCACUACCUCACCCGCUGCGUCAACACCGAGGGUACGCCCCUCUCGUACGGCGAAGUGAGCGAGACCGGCUACUACAAGAAGUUUGCCGAUGCUUUCGUCAAGGCCCUGAAGGGUCGCAAGGUCGACGGUCAAUUGACCGUCGACUGCUCCAAUGGUGUUGGCGGCCCCAAGCUCGUCGAGUUCCUGAAGCACGUUCCUAAGGACGUCACUGGCUUCGACGUCAAGGUCGUCAACGACGAUGUCCUCCGCCCAGAGGUCCUCAACCUCGACUGCGGAGCAGACUUCGUCAAGACCAAGCAGCGUGCACCCGCUUCCCCCAAGCCCGUCCCCGGCGCCCGUUACUGCUCCUUCGAUGGCGACGCCGACCGCCUGAUCUACUACUACACCGACCCUGAUACCGGAUUCUUCAUGCUGGACGGCGACCGGAUAUCUACGCUGGCUGCUUCUUUCAUCGGCGACCUCGUCCGAGGCGCUGGUCUGGAGCGCGAUCUCAACAUCGGCGUUGUGCAGACCGCCUACGCCAACGGUGCUAGCACCAACUACAUCGAGAAGCACCUCGGACUGCCCGUUGUGUGCACUCCUACUGGUGUCAAGCACUUGCACCAUGCUGCUCUCAAGUUUGACAUUGGCCCCUACUUCGAGGCUAAUGGACACGGUACUGUGGUGUUCAGCCAAGAGGCUAUGCGCGCCUUCCGCGAGACCAAGCCCCAGUCGCCCGCUCAGAAGGACGCUCUCGAGACCCUUGCCGCUGUGGGCGACCUUAUCAACCAGACAGUCGGUGACGCCCUUUCCGAUAUGCUGAUGGUCGAGGUGAUCCUUGCCCACAAGGGCUGGACUCUCAAGGACUGGGCAUCUACUUACUCGGACCUUCCCAACCGCCUCGUCCGCGUCGAGGUCGGCAACAAGGACGCUUUCCAGACCACCGACGCCGAGCGUCGCCUCAGCCACCCCGAGGGCGCCCAGGACGAGAUUGAUGGGUGCGUUAGGAAGUACACCAGUGGUCGUUCUUUCGCCCGCGCCAGCGGCACGGAGAAUGCCUGUCGUGUGUAUGCUGAGGCGGCGACCCGUUCCGAGGCUGAUGAGCUCGCCAACAAGGUCGCAGGCAUCGUGAGGCAGUACGGUGGCUUGUAG